AUGGAAGAAGAUGAUGAGAUCGUGCUUGCUGGUAGUGGUGUCAAGAAGCUUCCUGAUGUGCGUGGCUCUGCAUUCUCGAAAUACGCUUCUAAUGAGGUGGCUCUUACUAUGAAUGUUGACUCUCCAGAGGAGAUGAUGGGUUUGUCUAAGCUCAAGGAGGCCUCUCAGAGAAAGCGAAUGGAAUUGAACGCCAAUUUGAAGGCUGUGAAUGGUGCUGGUGUUGCUUCUGGUACUGGUGUUGGUGUUCUUGGUAACAAGUCUGCUGGUGCUGUUGGUGUCAAGAAUAGCAAGAACAAUGGCAAAUUGCCUCUCAAGGCUAAGCAAGACUCCCGUAGGGCUCAAUGA